AUGAACUAUCUCCGAGCUUAUCGCCAUUCAAUCCCCGCUUUUCGCCAGCUCGCUUCAUCCCAUCGAACAACCUCCGCAUUCCCCCCAUCUACAGCUCCCUUGUUCGGACCCGCUUUCGUUCGACGCACAAUGGCAACCGCAAUGGCAAAGCGCCUUGAGGGCAAGACGGUCGUGGUUACUGGUGCCUCUUCUGGAAUUGGUCGCAGCACAGCCAAGGAAUUCGCGCGCACCUCUCCUAAGAACCUCAAGAUCAUCGUGACAGCAAGACGCAUCGACGCCCUCAAGGAGCUGGCGGAGGAAAUCAAAGCGGAGGUCGGCGAUGGAGUCAAGACCCUGCCUGUGAAGCUAGAUGUUAGCAACCCAGAAGAGGUCAAAAACUUUGUGCCGUCUCUCCCUGCGGAGUUCCAGGACAUUGACAUCCUAGUUAACAACGCUGGCCUUGUUAAGGGCGUUGCUCAAGCCCCCAACAUUGACCCUGAAGACAUCAACAUCAUGUUCGCAACCAAUGUCACCGGGUUAAUCAACCUGACUCAGGCCGUCCUCCCUAUUUUCAAGAAGCGCAGCGAUGGUGGUCGUGGCGAUAUCAUCAACAUUGGAAGCAUUGCUGGUCGUGAACCCUACCCUAGUGGUAGCAUCUACUGCUCGACCAAGGCCGCUGUCAAGUCAUUCACAGAGGCGUUGAGGAAGGAGCUCAUCUCCACCCGUAUCCGCGUUAUCGAGAUCGACCCCGGUCAGGUUGAAACUGAAUUUUCCGUUGUUCGCUUCUAUGGAGACAAGCAGAAGGCCGACGCUGUUUAUUCUAACUGUGAACCACUCACACCCGACGACAUCGCCGAGGUCAUUGUCUUCGCCGCUGGCCGGAGGGAGAAUGUUGUGAUCGCCGAUACUCUGGUCUUCCCUAGCCACCAAGUAAGCCAUAUUAGACUUCAUCCUCGAUAA